AUGAGCAACAACAUGACGGCAGCAUUGGACCCAGGCGAAGAACAUGCCAGCUUCGUUGAGUGGGCUAGGGGUCAUGGUGUCACGAUCAAUGGUAUCGCGCCCGCCAAAUUUGUUGAUCGUGGUAUGGGCAUUGUAGCUGCACGAGACCUGGAAAAAGGGGACAGAAUAGUACAUGUGAAGAACACUUCACUCGUGCACGUAGCUCUCCCAUCUGUCAAGGCCCUCAAGCUGCCAGACAAUAUCACUGUACAUGGCAGGCUCGCAGCAUCUCUAGCACUAUGGUAUUCGGACCCCUCACACAAAGAGUACGACCUCUGGCAAGCCGUGUGGCCCACUGAGGAAGACUUCAAAAGCACCAUGCCGAUAUACUACAACAAGGCGCUGCAGGACCUGCUCCCGCGCGCCGCAGAACUCCUUCUCACAAACCAACGCACAAAACUCAACAAAGACUGGACCGACCUACAUCCGCACCUGCCUACCAUCUCUGAAGACCUCUUCACAUACACCUGGCUCAUCGUCAACACCCGAACCUUUUACUGGAACUACCCAGACCUGCCCAACUCGCACCCUCGGCUGCCCAAACGGAAGAACAAGCUGACCGGCGACGACUGCUACGCCAUGUGUCCGUUCAUGGACUACUUCAACCACAGCGACGUCGGGUGCGAUCCAGAAGCCGACAGCAAAGGCUACAGCGUGACAGCCGACCGAGCCUACCAAGCCGGCGAGGAGGUGUACGUCAGCUACGGCGCGCAUACAAACGACUUCCUGCUUGCCGAGUACGGCUUCAUCCUCGAGAGUAAUAUGCGCGAUGCCGUUCCGCUGGACCACUUGAUCCUGCCGCUGCUGGACAAGGAGCAGACGCAGGCGCUGAAGGAGGAUGGGUUCUAUGGGAACUACACGCUUUUUGCGGGAGGAGCGAGCGAGACGAUUUGCCACCGCACGCAAGCGGUCCUCAGGCUGCUUGUGCUGGAUUCGAAGCGGUACUCUGCGUUUGUGGGGGGUGAUGAUGAUGGGGAUAGGGAGCAAGGAAGGCUGUACGGGUACUUGGUGGGCUUGCUGACCAAGUACUCGAGGCAGGUUAUGGAUGUUCUCGAAGAGGCUGAGGGGUUGAAGGUCGAUGGGGUGGAAGGCGAAAGGAAAACGAGAUUGAGAUCGAAAAGUGGUGAUGUCGAGCCUCCUGUGAGAUCUGGCCAGAAGGACAAUCUGGUGAGGAGGUGGAAACAGAUCAGGGAUAUCGUUAACGGGGCGAUAGAAGAGCUGCAGAAGUAG